AUGAAGAGCCUUUUCCUGACUGUCCUGCUUCUGGGGCUGGUGGCUGUCCUGAGGGCCCAGGAACUGCCAUCAGAUGACAUUGAGGAUUACUCUGGACUCUGGAUCCCAAAGGGCAUAGGACACAACGGGAACCUGCCCUAUGACAUGCUACCCAAAAAGGCUUUCCCUAUGAUGGUAACAUCCCUGGAAGAGGGCGACUUGGAGGCCACAGUUACAUUCUGGAAGAAUGGUGAAUGUCACGAACUCAAAAUUGUGAUGAAGAAAACUGAGGAGCCUGGCAAAUAUACCUCCUUUAAUGGCAAGAAAACUGUUUAUAUUAAAAAGCUGCAGGCGGAGGGCCACUACAUCUUCUACUGUGAAUGCUUGCACAAUGGGAAGGCAGUCAGCAUGGCGAAGCUUGCAGGGAGACACGCUGGGGAAAACCCAGAGGCCAUGAAAGAAUUUAAGGAGUUCCUGAAGACCAAGGGAUUCUCACAGGAAAACAUUUUUGUUCCAGAGAUGAAAGAUAAGUGUGUGCCUGAAAGUGACUAG